AUAACACGGUUGAUAAACAUUAAACAAUUUUUUAACAUGAAAUUUAAUUUGGAAAGUAUAACGAAAUGCAAUUACUCUAUUUGUUAUUGUUACCUGGUUUUUAAAGUUGAAUAUUCAAGUUACUGUUGAAUUCAUGUUAAUGUUAUGUUGUGAUUAUUGUGUAAUUAUGCGGUGUCAGUCUUGCAAAUGCUCAAUCGCUAAGAAAUAUGUAAAACGUACCAAGAUUACUUUCAAAAUUGAUCCAAAAACCGAAUUUUAAUGUUUAAAAUCGCUCAAGGUUAAGUUUUUUUCGUGUUAAAAUGACAUUUAAUUAUAUUAUAAUAGCAUGAUGUUUGAGGAUAGCUUAAUAUGGUUAGUGUCUGGUGGACUAUUGUUUACUACCGUUAUACUGAUUGUUGCCUGUAUAUGCGGAUGUCACAAAUCGAUACCAAAAAAUGAAUUACUUGGUCUUGCUGGCAUGGUAAAAAUUACCAAUCCUGAUGUUGGACCAGAACCAGUGAACAGGAACUUAUCAACUAGUCCAUCCCCAACAAAUAGUACCAAAAGAAGUUCAGCUGGUGCAACUUUAUCUUCAGCCACCAGAAGUCUUCCCGAUUUACCUGUUGAAACCCCUAGAGGUUCAGAUGCUGUUGCCACUGCUGUUUGGUAUGGAGGUGAUACAAACUCUGAACUGUAUGCUACUGUUGAAGAAAAUAAAAAUGGCAUCAAAGGGGAUUCUUCAAAAUAUGUCAAUAACACAAUGUCUCCAUCGAGUGGCACUACAGCAUCCAAAAGUGAAUGUGUCUAUGCAUGUGUGAAUAAGGAAAAUCCAUAUGACAAAUUAAAACAGGAACAUCCAUAUGCUAAAGUUGGUGUGCAUAAUGCAACUAAUCAAUAUCCUGGUUCCCAAAGAUCGGAGAAAGUCAGUUUAACUGAGUCAAUAGAAUUGGAUGAAGUUGACAGGGCUCCUGAUCAAGAUAUAGCAGCGGCUAGUGUAAUUGCAGGUGAUGAAGCUGCUAGUAUUAACAUUCCUUAUAUGACUCCACCGGUAGGACCUAUAGAACAUUCAUUAAAUGUGCAACUACGACAGGGACAUUACAGUGGCGAUUCGCAUGAUUCUAGUAAAGGAUACACAAGUAUCAGUGUUCGAGAACCAUUAUCAAGGAUCAUGUCCAGUGCUCGAAAUGGCGGUAUACCAUCAGAUCCUCAUUAUGCUUUUGUCUCAGAUGAUUCUGAUGAAAUGUAUGCAGCUAUUAUUGACCCAAGCAAUAAUGUAUACACUAGUGGAAGUGAAACAUAUGCUCAGAUACCUAGUGCAAACAAUAUACCAGUUGCUUCAACAGGUCAGACAUAUAAAGCUUCUACAUCGCACAUUAAUGGACCUGAACAAACACAUUCCAGACAGGAUUCUUCAUCAAGUGCUGUGAGUUCUAAUUCGCCUAAGCCUGAAAAACGACAGGCCAAUUCACCUCUACCGAAACCUCCAGAAUACCUGGACGAGAUGUAUGCUAAAGUAAUGAAGAAACGCAAUGAUUCACCAGAACAAACAUCUCCUAUUUUACCCCCCCUAUACGAUGAGGGUAUUUAUGAUAGAUUGGUUGAACCUAAAAAGACACAGGCGUCAGAUGUUGAUCCUAAUUACGAAGAGUUACGACCCACUAGUCAUGGUUACGCUCGGAUAAAAAAAAUUGACAAACCAUCUGAACCAGACUAUGCAAGCUUGACUAGGACAAUGACUGUUGAAUAUGUUGAAAAUGAUCCAAAUUAUGAAAGUUUAAAAGUAGACUUGAAUGAAAUUAAUCACAAUUCGAUUUAUUCAGAAGUGAAUAAAAGAUAGCUUUUAUACAAACAACUUUUUGUUUCAUGAGUAAAUCUAGUGUGAGUUCUUUACUUCUAUUCUACUUUUCUUUCGUUAAUUUUGUACCUGACAAAUAAUGUGUUGUAUAUUUUGUUAAAAUAACAUUUAUUUACCAAGUUAAGUACCAUUAUUUUUAAAAUUUACUUUAACAUUUAUCAUUUUUUUAAACAUGUGUGUUCAUUAUUAUCGAUGGACAUAAACAACGGCUCAAACUUUUUUAAUUGACAUAUGGAAAUCAUGAUUAUCAAAAAUGAAAUAGUGUUAUAUUAUAACCAAGUAACCCACCUAAAAACUAUUUGAUACAUAUAUUUUUACUUCCAUUAUGGUCUU